GAGGAUGCUGCGGGCGGGGUGCCGCGCCGCGCUGGCCCGACGCCACCUGGGCUCGGCGCCGGUGAGUGGGGCCGAGGGGCGAGGGGAGGCCGUGCCGGGCCGUGCCGCGCAGGAGGGGCUGAAGCGGACGCCGCUGGACGCGCUGCACCGGGCCCGCGGCGGGAGGAUGGUGCCGUUCGCCGGCUGGAGCCUGCCCGUGCAGUACGGCCGCGGGCACCUCGAGUCGCACCUGCACACCCGGCGGCACUGCUCGCUGUUCGACGUGUCCCACAUGCUGCAGACGCGGGUGUACGGGCGGGAUCGCGUACGCUUCCUGGAGAGCCUGGUGGUGGGGGACAUCGCCGAGCUGCGCCCGGGACAGGGCACCCUGACACUGCUCACCAACGAGCGCGGGGGCAUCGUGGAUGACCUCAUUGUCACCAACACGGCAGAGGAGCACCUCUAUGUGGUGUCCAAUGCGGGCUGUGCCGACAAGGAUCGGGCCAUCAUGGAGGGCAGAGCGGCAGAACUGAGGGCGGCCGGCGGCGACGUGCACCUGGAGGUGUUGGACAACGCGCUGCUGGCACUGCAAGGGCCUUCCAUGGCACAGGUGCUGCAGGCCGGGCUGCCAGAUGACCUGACCAAGCUGUCCUUCAUGACCAGCACAGCCACCACCGUCUUCGGCGUGCCGGGCUGCCGCGUGACACGCUGCGGCUACACCGGCGAGGACGGCGUGGAGAUCUCGGUGCCCGCGGGGCACGCAGUGGAGCUGGCCGAGCGGCUGCUGGGCUGCCCCGAGGUGUGGCCGGCGGGGCUGGCAGCCCGGGACAGCCUGCGCCUGGAGGCCGGGCUCUGCCUCUACGGCAACGACAUUGAUGAGAGCACUACACCAGUGGAGGCUGGGCUGUUGUGGACCUUAG